AAAGUUUGUAAAAAUAAAAAAUUGAUUAAUACUUGCAGGAGCCAAGCAAAGUGGCAAAUGGACACUCACAUGGAGAAACUCAGGGUGAGGAAAACGUUAGAGGUGAACAUAGGGUGCAUGAAGAUGGUGAAUGUAGGAUGCACUCACAACAAAAUAUUUGGGGUGAUGAAAACAAUGAAGAUGAUGAAGAUAUUUGGUUGCAUGGCGCAAAUGAAACUGGAAAUGAUGGAUCCUUGGACAAUGCCAAAUGCAAAUUGUUGAAUUGGGAUGGAACAAAGGUGGUGGUUGCGGAAGGCACAAUUGCAUCAACAGAUUCUAAAGCAUUGGUACAUCACGUGCCUCUUGGCCCUGGGUGUUGGAAAGUAUGGGUUAACCAUGUCAUAGUCAAUGCACCAUUGUUUCGCCCUAAUCGUGAGAUGUUUGUGCUUGAAGAUGCUAUUGGAAGCACUGUUGCUUGUCCAAUCCAUUUCAUUAGCUUUGAUUUUGAGUAGAACUAACAUCUAUGGAUAGUUUUUGAGGACUUUGAUGAAUAGAUUUCUAUAAUUUUUGAAUAGUUUUGGGUAAUGU